AACAUUAUUCAUACAGUUGACUCUGCAACAAUGUACCUACAUGCUGCAUCAACUACUAGAGUCAGCAUGGGCUGAGAUAUGGCAAUUAUAAUACAUAGUGAACUGGAGGGACAAGAGAGGAACCAGGAACCAGUUGUGGACUGCACUCUGCUUAAGGUGUCCUGCUGAGCCAUACUCCACCCAUGAGCUGAUGCAGAGGUGACUGACAGCAAUCAUUCAAUUGACUCACUGGACAACGCAAUAAGAACUAGAGCCAAAAAGAGACUGGACACAGCCACAGUAACAUGACAGUUUACGGUAAGCAGGAGUGACAAGAUGGGACGCACGCUGCUGCUAGGGGUGCUGAUAGGUUGCCUCCUCUGUGUGGACAUGGUCACAGCGGCCCGUGGAGGCAGAGGGGGGGGCAAGGGUCGUGGCACCGGUCGUAAGGGAUACGGUUCCAGGAUGCCCGUCCUGAUCCAGCAUCGCAACCCUGCAAGCGCAAGCUACUACAACCACAAAGGCGGGGCCAAGAUUGUCAACUCAUCACACUUUGAGCUCGACUACAUGCUCGGCCGCAAGAUAACGUUCUUCUGCAUGGCCCAGGGGCAACCCCGUCCACAUAUUACAUGGUUUAAGGAAGGGAUUGAGCUGUAUGCUCACCAAUUCUUCCAGGUACACGAGUGGACAAUAGGAGAUGACACGCUGAAGUCUAAGAUGGAGAUUGACCCUACAGCACAGAAAGAUGCAGGAUACUACGAGUGUCAGGCAGACAACAAAUAUGCCAUAGACCGCAGAGGAUUUCGCACAGACUAUGUCACGUACACAUACUGACACUGUGGCAUCUCAGAGUAUGGAGCAUUCCUCCACUUGUUUCUCCAACCCCUGCACCUUCCAUGAACAUCACUAACUUACUGCAUGAGGCAAAGUCCUUCCUUAGAAGCCACUGCUCCAUCUGAUGGUCAAGAAAUCCCCUGCCUUUACGGGACCCAAAGAUUCAUUACUGUGUUCACAAGAGUCUGACACUGGACCUAUUCUGAACCAGACCAACUGAGUUGUCAUCCUGACACCCUAUUUCCUUAAGAUCUAUCUUAAUAUUAUCCCGCAACAUAUACCUUCGUCUUCCAUAUGGGUUCUUCCCAUCAGGUUCUCAAACCGAAAUUGUGUUGUAUACAUUUCUAAUAUCUUUAUGUUGCAUGCCCUGCCCAUCUCAUCCCCCUCCUUAACAUGACUCCCUAAUAAUUAAUGUUCAGCAAAAAUAACAAAUUAUGAAACUACUUAUUUUGUACUUUCUUCCAUCAUCCUGUUACCGCCUCCCCUUUGCAUCAAAAUGUUCCCCACUAAAUCUUAUUCUGUUAGCAUGAGCAACAAAUUUUGCCAUCCAUAUAAAACAACAGGUGAAAUUAGUUUUGUAUAUUUUAAUGGUUAUGUUUUUAUACAGGAGAUAAGAAAAUAAAAGAUUCUGGAUUGAAACAUAGCAUA